CUCCGGUGAUUCUAUUGAUGGUCUGAUUUCCUUUCCUCCCUUCCCGCGGGACAUGUCAAUUGCAAGGACUCUCCGGAUACAUCUACCUCUCACUCAACUCACACAACCUCGACCGUCCGGACUCCCAUUCCGACCCCGCUUCCUGACGACCGCGAGCAUGUCUGACCCCGCGACUCGCCGCCUGCAAAGGCCGGUCAUUUUCGUCUGCGACCUCCAAGACAAGUUCCGCAACGCAAUCUUCGAAUUCGACAAGGUCGUAAAGACAACCUCCAAGCUCCUCCGCGCCGCAGACACACUCAAGAUCCCAGUCUACACCACGACCCAGAACCGCGCCCGCCUAGGCGACACCGUCACCGAGCUCGCGCCCUACCUCCAAGAAUCGGACCUCGUGCGCCCGCCCGUGGACAAGACCAAGUUCAGCAUGUGGGUUCCCGAGAUUGCGGCGCAGUUCGAGGGGAAGGGGAGACACGAGGUGUUGAUCGUGGGCAUCGAGUCGCACAUCUGCGUGACGCAGACGGCGCUGGAUUUGCUGGCUGAGGGGCACAAGGUGUACGUGCUCGCGGACGGGGUGAGUAGCUGUAACCGCGAGGAGGUGCCGAUUGCGCUGGCGAGGUUGAGGGGGGAGGGGGUCACGGUGACGACGAGCGAGAGCGUGAUUUAUGAGAUGAUGGGGGACGCGGCGCGGCCCGAGUUUAAGAGCGUUGUUGGGUUGGUCAAGGAUACGGGGAAGGAUACGAAGGAGGUUUUGCAGGCUUUGGCGCCCAAGAUUUAGAUUUCGUGUUGUCUGGGGUUCCAAAGACUGGGUGGUUGGUUAUAGAUAUAUACAUCUACAAAAGAUUUCAGGCCUUUUCUAUCUUCACUUCCUAGAUCCAUCGAGAGAGAAGAUUGAGAUUCGGGACUCUCUCACUCACUCAACUUCAAUAGCCUUGACCUUGGCCCCUUGCAACCACGUUAGAUCCCCCUCGACAGUCACCCUCCUCACCCUCGCAAGCUCAUCAAUAAACGCCGGCACAAACGUCCCCGGGCCCUGAACAUCCGCCCGCACAGCAGCCCACUCGGCCGCAAUCUCAUAGUGCAACAGCCCCGCCAGCACAGCGAGCAACUUAUCCUCGUCCGCCCACGCCGCCAACAUAGCCGAGACGGUCGUCCCCAACACGCACCCCGUGCCCGUGAUCUGGCCCAGCAGCUCGUGCCCGUUGUCCACGGCCAGUGUGCGCUUACCGUCUGAGAGGUAAUCCGUCUUGCCCGUCAUGAGCACCACAUUCCUCUCCCUCCUCGCGAGGUCUCGCACCAGCUUGGCCUUUUGCGCCGGGGCCAGCGUAGACGACGAAUCAACCCCCUUUUGCUGCUCCUGCGUCCCCUCACCCCACACCGUCUUAAUUUCCCCCUCAUUCCCCUUGAUGAGAUCCAGGUACCCGCCCGCCAGGAUCGUCUUGACGGCGUUCCUCCGGAUCGAGGUGGCGCCCGCGCCGACGGGGUCGAAGACGACGGGCCUGCGCGCGGCGUUGUAGGCGGAUAACGCGAGGAGGUAGUUUGCGAUGCCGUCGGGGGUGACGGUGCCCAUGUUCACGACGAGGCUGCCGCCUAGACGAGCGAGGUCGGGGGCUUCCUGCCCGUAGUUUGCCAUGAUGGGGGAGGCGCCGACGGCGAGGGCGACGUUUGCGGCGAAGUUUUGGACGACUAGGUUUGUCAUGUUGUGGGAGAGGGGGGAGGUUUUUGCUACGCGGGUGAUUACGGAGGGGAUUUGGGCGAGGAGGUUGUCGAUGCUGAAAUCGGCGGAGGAGGCGCUGGGACUGGAGCUGGAGGAGGUGACGCUUCGGUACGACGGGCUCGUUUUCACGAGCUCGAGGAGGUUGCGGGAGGCGGAUUCCGGGUCCUUGGCGGCGACGAUGGCGCUGACGAGGGCGACGCCGUCGAGGCUCGCGGGAGAUGAUGCGUCGGGGUUGGCGGACUGGUAGAGGACGCGCUGGAUGUUGGAGGGGUUGAGGCCGCCGAUGCAGACCGUCUUUACGCGGGGGAGGUGGCCUGCCGCGGCGAGCUUGGAGAGGAUUGUGCGGAGGCCUGCGGUGCCGAUGAUGUGUUUUGUGUUUUCUUUGCUGGAGGAUUGUGUUAGUGGGUGAAGCGACGGGUGACCAGGGGCGAGCGGAUGAAUGGGUGGGUGGAUGAGAUAGAGGUCCAAGAAGGUUUGAUGAGACUUGAGACUGAGAGGAGGGAUGUGGUGAGAGAGACGUACGUUGAUGUAGCAAAGACGGUGCC